CUGCACUAUGGGACCCUCCUGGGCAGCAGAGCUUGUGUCAAAAUGGCAGCAGCUGCCUGGGCCAGUGGUUUUCUCAAUGCUCUCCUGCACACUGCUAACACAUUCUCAAUACCACUCUGCCAAGGCAACACAGUGGACCAGUUCUUCUGUGAAAUCCCCCAGAUCCUCAAGCUGUCCUGUACAGAUGCCUACCUCAGGGAAGUUGGGGUUAUUGUGGUUGGUGCGUGUUUAUUCUUUGGGUGUUUCGUUUUCAUUGUGGUGUCCUACGUGCAGAUCUUCACAGUCGUGCUGAGGAUCCCCUCUGAGCAGGGCCAGCACAAAGCCUUUUCCAUGUGCCUCCCGCACCUGGCCGUGGUCUCCCUGUUUGUCAGCACCUCAUUUCUGGCCUACCUGAGGCCCCCCUCCAUCUCCUCCCCGUCACUGGAUCUGGUGGUGGCUGUUCUGUACUCAGUGGUGCCUCCAGCAGUGAACCCGCUCAUCUACAGCAUGAGGAACAAGGAGCUCAGGGAGGCACUGAGGAAACUGAUCUGGUACUGA